CGUCAAGUAUCAGAAUUUUCGUAAAACACUGAAAUGGUUGUACUUGUGGGCUGUUGCUAUUUUUUUGGAUCGCGCACUGGAUGCAUUAUAAGUUCAGUAUGGCUCCUUCUAUACUACGGACUAAUGUCAUAUUUUAUGCACUAUCAAAUGAUAAAUUCUCGGAGGGCUAUCAUAGACUUAAAAACUCGCGAAUAUAAAAAGGAAAAUACAGGCUUCUGGGUAUUGGGUAUUUCGUUCAUCCUCAUGGCAUUUGCAACUGUGUUUUUAUUUAUCGGAGCAAUCAUGAGGAAAUAUGAAUUUCUUUUUCUGUUUUUACUGGCUCAAUUGCCUUCCCUUUUUGUGGAAUCGUUUUAUCUGUUGACAGCCAUUAUAUACGGCAUAGAAUUCGAAAGUUUUAUAAUAUAUCUUGUCCCCUUUGGAAUUUUGAUUUACAUCGAUCUAGUUGUUUGCUCAUAUUUGUAUGAACUUAAAUGUCUUAAAAGGAUGAGAUCUGUGUCACAAUUUACCAUAGAAUAUUGAGAUCAUUUUGCCAAUUUAAAGUCCAUUAUAAAUUUGUUCGGCGUCCAGUGCUUGUGUAUAUAUUUUUAUACGACUUAAGAUCAAAUACCACUUUUUCCGGUAGAACACACAAAAGACAGCGAUAAGGUUGGUUGACUUGAGAGCAGGAAAACAUGUCAAGAAAUAAAAACAAAAAUGAUUUAUC